AUGAAUGGAGACGUUAAUAGAUUAAUUGUGUCACUUCACAUCUGUGCCUUCCCAUUGCAUACACCCACGGAAAUUGCCUCUCACAUCGACUUACUGCCGCGCCUUGAUUCUGCACCUGUGUUUGAGGCCCGAAGUAGGACUGUUCUUGCGCCGUCUGGCGGCCGACUGGAUAUCUCUGUUGGAUUUUAUUCACAUCCGGUUUUUUCGAACGUCGUCUGGGAGAGGGCAGAGGAAGAACAAACAGUCAAGCUGAACUUUCACAAGGAAAAACCGGCCUACCCUAGCUUAGACUUCAAGGACACCCCAGCACAUCUUGCCGGCAACGUGACCACGCUUUCCUUUUCGGCUGUGGAGAAGCGGGACUCUGGGAUUUAUACGGUCAUCGUGACAAACUCUGAAGGCGUGUCAUCGUACAGCAUAACGCUUAAGGUGCACGAUGCUCCAGUGGUGCAACAGGACCCUAGUAACGCCAUCCCAGUAAAAGAAGAUUUUAAUGUGCAGUCCCAGCGUCAGGUUAAUGAGGAUAAUGGGCAGUUAGCAGCCGGGCAAGGUAACGAAGAGCCGACCGAAUCUCCUGUCUCCGUCACCAUGGUCGCGGUUGUUUCGUGUGUUUCCGUGGUGGUCAUCAUACUUGUGGUUGUUGGAGUUUGUUUGGUCAAGCAUGGCAAGAUAUCUCUAUAUGUUCGCGGGGACCGGUACUCUGAAUCGAGCGGGACCCCGAGCCAAGUCGUGUCACUAGGAUCAGAGAGUGGCCUCCCCUUGAGUAAAACACACGAGAGCGGUUUGAAUGACAUGAGAAGUAUUGAAGACCGAAGUGUCAUCUCGUGCAAUACAGAAAGCACAGCUGGAAGCAUUAGUACUAUAUCGGAGACCCAGAAAGGGACAAUGCCGUACCCACAGCACCCAGUGUAUCCACAGAUUGAACGAAAUGAACAUGGCCUGCUUCCUCCAGGUAGCUUACAGUCAAUGGUUUGAGGCGGACCAUUUCACAGCUGUACUUUAGCAAACUAGUGCCAACCAGAAGUGACUGGUGUGUAGCACGGUGAUGAUUGACCAGGUGUGUAGCAUGGUGAUGACUGACCGGGUGUGUACCAGGGCUAUGAUUGACCAGGUGUGCUUAUCACUGGUUAAGACAGGAAAUUCUCCGAGAGCCCAGUGGGUGGGUGGUAGAUGACCAUAACCGGUUCAGAACCACGGGCUGUCAGCUCCACAGGACUGGCCAGUCUGACCCAAAGUAUCCAGGAAUUACAUAGAUCAUCACCACGUGGCUGUCUGCCGCCAUUCCAUGGGAAAACAAGAAGCCGAACACCUCCAGCAGCUUAACGCAUAAUGAAGAUGGCAGAUUUCUGUCAUCAGCACUUACAUGUAAGAGGAAUAUUGUCAUGCAAACACACUUUCACCGAUUUCAUCUGUACAUUGCCACGUACUCACGCUUAUCCACCCAGUGGAAGGUCAUAGUGACUUUGUGCAACGUUGAUCAGUUUCUUCGCUAGUGUCACACACAGCUGUUUGGCAUGGCACCUAAUUCCAUGCCGUUUCUGUGCAAUCCGUUCACCACACACCAUUUCUAAUAUACAUUACUACCAAAGAUUUGUUGAUACACUGUACCUACAUGUAUUUUUGUCACAGUCUGUGGUGUAUAUGCCAGGUGUUUGCCGUCAUUGCCCAUGGAAUAUGAUUGUCCAUGGUAGGUUAUAUACAUCACGUGCACGUCUCAUUGUCCAUGGUAUAUGUAUCACAUACACGUGUCAUUGUCCAUGGAAUAUGAUUGUCCAUGGUAGGUUAU